AUGGCGACGGUAGAGCUACACGAGCAGGAGCAGGAGAAGGAACAGACAAAAGACAUCAAGUUCUUAUGGAGGUGGCGCAAGUACCUACUGCUGCUCGCCACUCUGGUUGCCAGCGUCACCUACGCGGCCGGCCUCAACCCGCCUGGCGGCGUGAGGUCAGAGGAGGGAGGCAACAACGCCAGAGGGCAGCACACCAGUGUCGAGCCACCGCUGCCCUCGGGUGUGUACCCAAACCGCGUCGGCGGCGUCAAUCCGCCGAUGCCCUCGGCGGUGUACCCGAACCGUGUCGGCGACCCGGUGCUCGUGUCCACCUACUCGCGCCGUUACACCGCCUUCUUCUACUGCAACGCCGCCGCCUUCGUCGCGUCCCUGGUCGUCAUCAUGUUCCUGCUGGACCGGCGCAUCAGCAGCAACCCUGUCGGCGUCACGGUGCUCCGCUCCGCCAUGCUGCUGGACCUGCUCGCCCUCAUGGCCGCCUUCGCCGCCGGGAGCUGCCGCGACGUGAUCGCGUCCAUCUACGUCUCGGCGCUCUUCGCCCUCGUCUUCGCCUACGUCGCGAUUCAGGUCAGCUCGGAAAGGAAACAGGCGGCGACUGUGGAGCGCGACCAGAAUCCGGACGCGGAGGAGGAGAGCCUCAAGCUCAAAGACCGGCGCAAGUUCAUGCUUCUGCUCGCCACCUUCGCGACGCCACUGACGUACGGGGCAGGGUUGGUGCCGCCGGGAGGCUUCUGGAGCCAGACAGAGCUCGGGCACCGCGCCGGCGCCCCGUUGUUGCACGACGGGCUCUUCAAGAUCCGGUACGACGCCUUCUUCUACGCCAACGCCAGCUCUUUCGUGGCGUCGCUCGCCAUCAUCAUGAUGCUCACGAGCAGGACGCUGAGCAACCGUCUCGCCAGCUCGUACGCGCUGCCGGUGUGCGUCCUGGUGGAGCUGCUCGGCCUCAUGGCUGCCUUCGCCGCCGGCAGCUGCCGAUGGGUCACCACGACAGUGUACGUUGCCUGCCUCGUCGGCGCCGUGCUCCUCUACAUUGUGCUGCAGAUGGCCAUCGCGGUGUUGGCCAUGGACAAGUUCAAGACAUGGCAUGACACAGAAUCUGCAGGCACAACAAGAAGGACAGCGGUGGCCGCGUUCUCGUCUGACUGGGAGACAUCUGCCUACGUCAUCGCGCUCGUCGCUGCCGUGGGCGUCUUCAUUACGAUGUAUGUGCUCUUGUCAUUGGGGAAGCCCAGGAUGAAACCAGUGCUGAGCAAGGCCAGCAAGUUCAAGGCCAAGGUGUCCAACUACUUGGGAAGAAGCAACAGUGAUGAUGAGACCAGCCGCGCCCUACAAGAACGUGCCAAUCCGUAG